AUGGCUGAAGGCCAUUGCAAACCUAUUGCUCUUCAGUUGCAAAUCGUGCAGUUGCAAAUACCAAUCCCUAACGGAAUCUUCAAUAAGAAUGCCUUUAUUCUCCAAUGUUAUGUGGGCCUCGUUGCUGGUUGUUGUCUUGGUUUUCUCAACAUCGGACGCACACAAAAAGGAAGAGGAGGCAGUGGUAAUGGUGGAGGCUAUGGUGUUUACGGUGGCCAACAAAGUCUAGGCUACGGUGGUGGUCAUACAUUACUACCGAUGAAUUCGGGACACGGUGGCCAUUCAUCGCAGAAAGAAUACGGUGGCCCCAUUUCUCCGAUGAUAGGAGGACACCACAGCAGUCAAGCAGCACCCGUGAGCAGAGAGUAUGGAGGUCAGAUUGCGCCAAUACGUGGAGGGUACGGUGGUCACGCAUCACCCAUGGGUGUAGGAGAUACCAGUAGUCACGCUUCUCCCGUUAGUGGUGGGUAUGGUGGACAUGGUUCACCAGCCGGUGGAGGAUACGGAGGGUACGGCAGUAGUCAAGCGGUCCGUCGGCCUAAGAGUGGAGGCUACAAUAAAAAUCACGCUGCAUCUGUGAGCGGAGGAUAUGGUGGUUAUGCUGCGCCAAUGAACGGAGGAUUCGGGGGUCAUUCAGCGCCAGCAAGAAAAGGACAUGGUGGUCACGCAGCUCAAAUAAACACAGGAUACGGUGGCCAUGUAGUGCCAACCAGUGGAGGAUAUGAAGGUCAUGUAGCUCCUAUGAACGGAGGAUACGGAAGUCACGCAGCAUCGGUAGGAAAAGGUUACGUUGGCCACGGAUCACAAAUAAGUGGAGGAUAUGGAGGUCAUUCUGCACCAACUAGUGGAGGUUAUGGAAGCCACGCUGCUGGAAAAGGCUAUGGUCGUUAAAAACUGGCCUUAGAACAAAGCUUCAAUCUUCUCGAGAUCUGCAAUCCACCCACUUAAGUCGAAUUGAUCAGUUGAAAAAAGAAAUUUCCCAUCAGGGAAUGGCCGUCUGUGGAUCCAAAUUAAACGAAUUUUCGGAAAAUACACGUUUUUUUCAUAAAA